AUGAAAAUAAAACAAGUUUCAUCAUAUGAAAUCAUUCUUAGAGUUUUUCUUCCACCUGAAUAUUCUCGACUUUUCCGUGUUGAUUCAUCUUCUUUAUUAAAUACAAAUGCUCAUAUUGAUGAAUGGAAUCUUUUAAAACGUAUUCUUUCAUAUCCAUCAUCAUCAUUUCCAACAAAAAUUAAAUUAGCAGAAUAUUUAGCUAAACAAUUAAGAAUAUCAAAUCAACAACUAGCAGAAUUAAUUGUUGAUCAAACUGAUAAAACUUUCGAACGUUGUCAAAAAAAUGAUCCAACUGAUGAUUAUCAUCAUUGGCCAUUUGAUCCAAAUAAUAUUGAAUCAUAUCGACAAUUUAUUUCACUUUUAUAUGAAAAAAACUAUGAUGCUAUUGGAAAACAACUUGUUGAAAAAUCACAAUUGUAUGAAGAUCAAUUUCUUGAAUUAGAUUCACAAGAUGUUUCAUCAUCAUUACUUCGUCUUCGUAUUGAACUACUAAUUUAUGCUCAUACAUGUUUUAUUAAUUCAUGUCAUAUGGAAGGAAUAUGUUUAGUGCUUGAUCAUGCUCGUCAUAUAGCAAUCUUACUCAAUGAUUUAAAUGGUUAUACAUUACUAAUACGUUUACUAAUGGGUUUACAACAGUAUUCAGAAAUGAUUUAUAUAUUUGACAUAUUAUUUCAAUCUGAUCAUUUUGAUUUAUUAUUAUCAACAAUAAGUCAUAUGCAUGAUGAAUGUUUAAAUACAGCAUUAUUUGAUUAUAUAAAACGACAUCAUCCAAAUGAUGAACAUACAUUUACAUCAAUAUCCAUGAAUUUGAAUAUGCAUCAUGAACUAGCAAUAAUGUAUCGUGAUGCAGGAGAAAAAUUACUAAAAACAUUCCAAUAUAAUCAACAAACAUCAUCAGCUGAUCUAUCAGUUACAUUACAAAGUUUACUUCAAUAUUAUUCGGAUGCAGCUGAUACAUUUUAUUUAGUUGGAUGUUGUCGUCAAAGUGAACAAUGCUUAAAACAAGCACGUCUUAUAUCAUUACAACUUGAAUUAAUGCAAAAACAACCCAUAACUAUUAUAUUAAAUUUAAAUUCAAAACAAAUCUAUGAAUUAUUACCACGUUUUGAACAUUGUUGGCAUGCAUUUAUUAUAGCUGAUGCUUAUAAUGAACAUACAUUAUGGUCACAUUGUUUGACUGAACAAUUUAUUUGUAAUAAAACUUCAAAUGCAAUGAAAUAUUGGGAAGAAUUUCAACAACUAAUAUUAAUUGAUGAUCAACUAAUAUUAACAAUAGGAAAACAUUUAUUAAAAAAAAGUUUUAAUACAAUAUCAAGUAAAAAUUUUCAAGAAAUAAUUUCAUAUAUCACAGAUUCAAAUAUUCUUAAUCGUUUACAACAAAUAUUAACAACCAGUGAUAAUAAUUAUUCAAAUUUAUUUACAUCUAUUGAUUCACCAUAUCUUCUUGAUAUAAUUCGUGUUGCAUAA